UCGAAGCCGGUCGUGUAAGGUGAAUGUCGUGGAUUUUGUACCGCGUACCAUCUACCUCCUUUUUGUUCAUUUUCCUUUGUAUCCGCGUGUGUACGUACGUGUGUGCCUGUUCACCAUCAAAAGGGAAUUCUGUGUGUGCGCAAGGAAUACGUCGUUAGAAGCUAAAUGGCUUCUCAUCUGUGCGUCUUCGUUGUUUCGCCGCGACGGAUAUAAGAGAAAAAGUACGACAGUGUUUGUACCGAUCCGUCGAGGUUACGUUUGUCAGUCCACGGUAAUCUGUUGUCGCGAGUGAUCACAGUGUUAUCUGUUACCAAGGAAGUUGGUACAAAAAGGAAGAGGGCGAACAUUUUUCUUUACGAUGCUGACUUCCAGUGCGAAUCAGUACCUCCGUCCGGAAUAUCUCACGCCUCUGCCUACCACGUUAGAUGCGAAGAAAAGCCCGCUCGCGCUACUCGCUCAGACAUGUAGCCAAAUAGGAGCCGACUCGCCGUCCAAUAAAUCUCUGCUAGGCUCGUUGGACAAAGCAUCGAGCAACAAAUCUUCAAAGUCGGAUCAGUCACGUGAGAAAUCGUCGCCCACGGUAGCUCCAUCUUCGUUGGAGUCAACCAAGACCAAUUUCAAACCGUACGAAUCCUGUCUGGCUCGGGAGAAGGCAUCGACGCCUGACGAGCAACGAUCAGGUUCUAGCCACUCGGCAUCCGGUCGAUCGAGGACACCCGGUAGCGGUAACAAACGAUGCCCAAGCAAUCAGAGCGUCUCGUCGGUUAGAGCCGUAACGCCGCAGGGUCGAAAAACCGCGACGCCAAACGGCGACGUGGCUCGAGAGUCGCCCGCUUCGAGGACCUCGGCGACAGGGAAUCUUUCCUCGAAUCAACUUGAGCCGACGUGCUCGUCGUCUCAACCAGCCGUUGUCAGCAGUCCGUCGUUGCAAGCAAAGCCCUCGUACAGUCCUGCCAGUGUCCUAGCCAUCACAGACCCGUCCAUCAAGGAUCUUCCAUUGGGUACUUUUAAGCCAGGCGUCAGUUUAGCCUCAUCGACCGCCGCUUAUCUAACUUACGCUCCACAAUUACCUAUCGACGCGAUGGCCAGCACUCUGGUUUCUCAACACCACGCCAGUUUAAAGAACGGAUUAAUAGCUGGAAAUCCUUAUCUAAGCUACGCUAGGUUGAAAAGUUCCUCAGCUCCGGACACCCUGAUGCCCGUCUGCAGGGAUCCCUACUGUACCGGCUGCCAAUUGAACUCUCACCUUUUUGCGAACGGUAAAUUAGCGUCUACCACGACUAGCACACCAACUUCCUGUCCUGCUGGCUGUGCCCAGUGCGAUCACAAACCUGCGGUCGCUUAUGGAGCUUUAGGUGCUGCUGCAUAUGCACACGCACAGUUGGCUGCUCUGGCAGCCGCUUCGCAGCUUCCGUACGUUUGCAACUGGAUCGCCGGCGACACAGCCUAUUGUGGCAAGAGAUUCUCCACGUCCGAAGAGCUGUUGCAGCAUUUGAGAAGUCACACGGCCAGCUCGACCAGCGCCGCUACGGAUCCUUCAGCCGCCGCGUUGUCUCUGCUGUCUCCCUCGGUUGGAUUGCCACCGACCCAUCCAUUGUUUUCCAGGACUUACCCCACGCCACCUUUGAGCCCGCUAGCAACCGCGCGUUAUCACCCUUACGGAAAAUCUUCUACAUUAUUACCACCGUCCUUAUCGUCACUGGGUCUACCGCUUCCACCGCCGCAUUCGCAUACACCUGCAGGAUUACCACCGUAUUUCUCCCCGUAUUCGUUGUACGGGGCUCCCCGCCUUGGCGCCGCCUCCGGUCUACCCCAAUGAUUUCUUUAAAACAUCUAUCGACAAAUAUCAACCGUUUAACUGUGAUCCAUAUGCGAGGAUAGAGAGGAGCGUACGCGAAAGAGCUAGGUAACCUCGCUAGCUACUGACCUCGUAAUCUCGUUAAAUGAACAAAUUGGUCGCUUAAUUCCUGGCGCGGUCGCGCCCGACACCUUAACGCGAUUCUGUGCUGUGCUGUGUGGUGCUCUGGUGUUUUUCAUUUUUUUUUCUUGUUUUUUUCAAACAUAUCAGUUAUUUAUUUCGCACGUGUCGAAUGUUUGGAGAAAGGUGUUGAAGGGAUUGCGAUCAUUUGCGUACCAAACGUUUAACUGUGAUUCUUGCGCGAGAGGAACAAAUCAGAAAAUAACGCGUGCCUGAAAGAACCAUGUAAUGGCUGCUGCAUAGAAUUAUCAACCAUCGACGCGUAUUUAAGCGGUUCCUUUAUAAUCUUUGUACUCUGUUUGCCUCCCUAUACGAAUUUUCUUACACUCGCUUCUCAUUUGUGUUCUCAGUCACCUUUAAAUAUUUAACGCGCUAAAGAGGGUUUUUCAAAAAAUGUGUACACACUUUUGUUUGAUUAUUAAUUUUAUUUUCAAUUUUAAUUGCAGAUAUUUAACCCGUAUGUAGGCAACCGUGUAUAAAGUACCCACUUACACUUUUGAAUAAAAAUUUUUCACAAUUUCUGAAACAUUUUAAAAUAUUUUUUUUCUUCCUUGUUUAUGGAAUUGGAUACAAAUGUACCCCUGUCACCACACAGCCUAGAAAAAAAUUGGUUGCUUACAUAACGAUUAAAAUACUUCUAAGGCUCAGUUAUAUGUUCAUUUUUCCAAUAUGCAAUGUCGAGACAAUAAAAAUCGAAAGUAAGUUAUUAUUUCAAUUAAUAAAUUUAACAAAGAAAUAAAAAUCCAGUGUGUAUACAUUUUUCUCAGUCACUCUGUAUGUACAGUUUCGAACAAAUUUUUGUAGGACGAAUGUCGAUUGUAAAUUAUUUUUCAAUAUUUAACGCCAUUUAAUUUAAAUAAAAGCUAAACGAGUGCCACGGGUCAUGUCGAAAAGCCAAUGUUCAACUGUGAUUUCCGAGUGAGAAAGGUAACGCGUGAGUGAGAUACGUUGCGCUUCCGUCACAGAGAAUUAGUCGUAUGAGUAAGUACGUGUAUGCGUGAUUUUUAGAAUUCGACGUCGACCAUACAUUAUUUCUUUCAGAAAAGAAGAAAAGAAAAUUAAAUCACUGCGAUAGCUUCCAAGCAGAGUUGGGCAUUAUUAGAAUAAUAAUUAUAAAUGAAAUUAAGUUAUUCACGUAUGAUGAAUCAAUUCUUAAUUUAAAAGAACGAAUAGAUGUACAGAACUGGAAAUUAUUCGAAUAAAUUUGUAAUCGGAUGAUUAUUCGGAUAACACUUUAUUUGUUAUUCGUAAAUGUGCCCAAUCCUAGAUUUGAUUACAUUACUGGUAGGUACAAGUCAAGCUAACUGCCGUAAAAUACGUAUAAGAAAUACUGUAAAUAAUUAAUACUGUGACUAAGUAAAUAAUUAAUAAUGUAAUGACGGACAAAAUGUUAUUCGAAUAAUAAUACUAAAUAUAAAUUCGAAUAAUGCCCAACGGACUGCGUUAACUCAUUUAUAUACAGGUUGUCUCAAAAUAGUUGUACAACCCUAAAAUUUGAAUAAAUUAUUCGCUGUUUUGAAUAAAAAAUUUGUUAUUCUCAAAUAACUUUGUCUUAUUCGAAGUAUUAUUUGGAUAAAAAAAAUUAUUCGUACGUCCAACUCUACUUCCAAGAAAAAUAGAAAGAAGCUAUCCUGAAAAACUUUCUUAAUUAUUAGAAAAAAGACUUCGUUGAAAUUCCAUAACAUUUUAAGACAGUGGAUGUUUAUAAAAAUCUACUAUUUUUAAAAAUAUUUUAUUUCGUCCUCUUACGCGUGACCUUUUGGCGAUAAUUCCAUAAACAUCCGCAGUUUAUUAAUAAUCAGAAAGCGCAACAGAAAUACUAUAAUAUUGAAAUCGUAAUCAGUCUAUGUGUAGUAUUUAUGAAUCCAAUAUUCAUUGCUAACCCUUACUGUAACUAUUGUACAUUUGUCCAUAGGCGUAUAGGUGAUAAGUCUGAAGAAAAAGAAAAUCUUUCUUUCCUUUUUCGACGAGACGGCAAUGCUUAGUGAUAAAAUAGAUGCGUGUAUGUAUAUUGUAAGUUUAAUCCCUGACUAGGUGGCGAGUAUCGUGUCUAUAUUUUUGCGUAACCAAAGUUUAAGUAAUUAAAUGAAUAAUUUCGUAGGAUCACGAGUUCGUGUGUAACGACAAUGUUAUUAUUACCGAUGAGAUUUAAAAUACAUUGCGAGAAAUGUUUACUUAUAAAUGGAUUUAUUUUAUUCUAUAAUACACUGUCGCUAAAAAGUAUUUGCCCAUGGUUAAGCAUACGUCGUCUGUUUAUUGUAAUAAUACGAUAUCGCAAGAUUAAGCCAAAGCAUUCACAUUUUUUUUGUACUUCUUUCAGUAACAUUUACAACGAUCAUUAAAUCAAUUAUUUCUUGACGUCAACAUCAGUGACUUGGUUUCAAAUUAAAUAUGAUGCGGUGCACGUAAAAUUUGACAGGAUUAAAUCAUUUUACUAAUUUUAAAUUUGUGCAAAAAAAAUUUGAAUUUUUCAAGUGGUAUUUAUGAAUUUUUAAUUAGAAAACUAUUUGUCGAAUUGACUUUAUUUAUUCUAUUUUAAUCUUAAAGAAUUGGUAUUAAAAGUCAUAUUUUUAUAAAAUUUAAAAAUAAUCCGGAAAUUUACAAAAUAAGGGUUUGUUUAUCGUUUUAAAUA